AUGAAAUAUGCUAAGCUUUUUAUCAUAUCAUCAGUUGUUGUUUCGGUUUUUCUUAUCGUUUUGUUGCCUCGAGCAGCCAAUGGGGAAGUUUUCGGAGAAACAAAAAACAUGAUAGAUAAAGCCAACGCGAAGGGACCUUAUAUUGGAAUUGUCAUCCCCAACCUCUUUGUAAUGAACCCUUUUCUGAACUAUCCAGAAUUCAAAUCUAGUGAACCCGUAAUAGAUGUUGGAGGAAGGAGAUUUCGGUUUGGAUCUAUUGGCAACAAACAAGUUGUCAUGGUCAUGACUGGUUUGGGCAUGCUUAAUGCAGGAGUUACAACACAAUUAUUAUUGAGUUUGUUUAACAUAGAAGGAGUUGUGCAUUAUGGAAUUGCUGGAAACUCAAACCCAUCACUUAAUAUUGGGGAUGUUACCAUUCCUCGUUAUUGGUCACACUCUGGUCUUUGGAGUUGGCAGAGGUAUAGAGAUGGUUUAGAAAACUCAUUACCUUUUGAAGAGAACGGAGACUAUACUCGAGAUAUCGGCAAUCUGAAAUUUGGAAAUUAUUCUACCAAUCGCGAGUCUCAAAACCUAUUAAACAGCAUUUGGUACCAACCGGAGGAAGUUUUUCCGGUUGAUGGAUCACCUGAGGAGAGACAACAUGCCUUUUGGAUACCUGUUGAUCCUCUUUAUUUCGAACUUGCCAAAGAUCUCGAGUCGAUGGCAUUAGUAGGAUGUGUUGAUGCAACAACUUGCUUAUCUACCUCUCCAAAGGUGACUACCGUAGAACGCGGAACAAGUGCUAGCAUUUACCUUGACAACGCGGCCUAUCGAAGCUUCAUUUACUAUAAAUUCAAUAUCAGCCCGGUGGACAUGGAAAGCGCCGCAGUGGCACUCGUUUGUUACCAACAAAGGGUGCCUUUCAUUGUAAUCAGGGCACUAUCUGAGCUUGCUGGUGGUGAUGAACACCCCAAUAAGGCCGAUACAUUCUUUACCCUUGCGGCUAAUAACUCUGUUAAAGUUGCAGUUGAGUUUAUCAAGUUGAUUCCAUCUCCUAAGAAGAUUUCUUCCGGCCCAUUGCUAAUUAGCAGCAUUUAG